UCACCUUCAUUUUUACUUAAUUCCGCAUAUCUAUCCAUUCUUGCAUUUGUUUCAUUUUGGAGAACAUGUGCCCGUAUAUCUUGCCCUUUCAAUUGCGAUGAUAACUUUCUCGAAGACCAUUUUGCAUGCGUUCAACAUGAUGAUAGAGGAGUCGAUUUAUUGCCAGCAUCAUUGAUGUUAGAGCAUUAUCCAUUGGCGCUCUCUAUGUGAGUCUCGAUCCUUGGCGCCACCAGCGCAUGGGCCGUUCGUAUCGAGGCCUCUCUUUCAUUUAUAUUGUUUCAGACUUAUGCGCGACUGUCUAACGCGCCGUCAUUGUCAGUCGCUGCGUGGUACGAAUAAAGUAUUGGUUAUCCCGUAUUAACGAGUGCGUAUUUUAUUCUACGGCCUCCCAACAGGUUAUGGGCCCAGGUGCGCGAUCGUGAGAUACGGAAAUUACGUUAUAUCGAUUGUGUUCGGUCGGACGGUUAUCGUAUCGUGCCGAGAAAAGUACCGUAGUCGCCAUGAAUACGUUAAACUCAUCGAGGAUCGAGCUCCUUCACAAGGACAACUACGACACAUGGAAGUUGCAGAUGAAGGCCGAAGGCCGUGCUGAUCAAGAGCGAUCUGUGAAACUACGUGGACGGAACUCUCGCGAAACCCGAAUCCACCGGAGGAAACCAAGUCGAAGUGCUGAAUUGGGCCAGAAACGACCAGAAGGCGAUGUCGGACAUAUCUUGUCGAUUAGUUCGAGCGAGCUAAAACAGGUAAAGAACUGCGAGACAUCACACAGCAUGUAGUUGAAACGGCAGGAAAUAUACGACUCUAAAGGACCAGCCAGGAAAGCUACGUUUCUGAAAAAGCUGACGCUGAUCAAGAUGGCUGACGGAAGUGACGUCCUCACGCAUCUUAACGACUUCUUCGACGCCGUAGACAAGCUUCACGACAUGGACGUGAUUCUAAAUCAGGAUCAAUUAACUAUUAUGCUCCUGUACAAUCUACCCGUUAGUUUUGAAAAUUUUCGCAUUGCUAUUGAGUCACGUGAUGAUCUACCUACGCCGGAAGCGCUUCGCGUGAAGAUCGUGGAGGAGUACGACGCGCGCAAAAGUGUCGCGCAGGAUACAUCAUCGGGCGCCAUGUUCGUCAACAGAGGCGGAAAGAGGCGCGACCGAAAGAAAAAACCGGAGACGCGAGCCAACGAUGCGGAAACCACCGACCGAUCAAAGAAAAAGCGGAAUUCGAUGCUUCGAGUGCAAACAAACAGGACACAAAAAGGACGAGUGCCCGCAUAAGGACAAAACGCAGUCGGCUAAGUGCGCGGAGGACGUUUGUUUCUGUGCGUGCGCGUUAUCCGUGUCAGCGACGGACGACUCAAAACGGAGAUGAUGCCUCGACAGUGGUGCGACUACGCAUUUGUGCAACGAUUUGAAUGCAUUUCGCGACAUCCGGGAUUCGCAACGCGGUACGCUGAACCUUGCAAAUAAUACGACAACUAGAACGGCAGGCGAGGGAACAGCACACCUCACGACCAACGUGCGCGGCAGCAGGAGCAUCAUAUCUCUCAGCGAUACACUGCACGUGCCCGAUUUGAGAACGAACCUCUUAUCGGUAAGCAAGAUCGUCGACCACGAUUUCGAGGUACGGUUCCGACAGAAAUCUGCCGUAGUGUUGGACUCGAGAGGAGACGUGAAACUAUACGCCGACAGAAUCGGAGACUUGUAUUACGCGCGCGAACCCAAGUCAAAUACGUGCGCGAUCUCGACUACACCACGAUCAAACGAACUCUCC